AUGCCGGCAACCAAGUUGCGCCUGCUGCUGCUCGUCGCGGCAACCUGGAGCCUCGGCCUGCUCUGCCCAGCCGCCGGGGAAGCUGGAGGCGGCUCCUGCGAGCUCUCCGUCGCGCGCGGCGGCGCGCUCUACAACUUCAGCCUCGCGGCGCCCACGCCCGCGCACCGCCACGGCGUCCUCAGCGAAGAUGGGUUUUACAAGGUUGCAAUGAAUGAUUCAGUAAUCUGGUUCCAGCUGUGCGAUCAGAUGAUAUUCAACUUUGACCCACCCGUCUGUCUUCGCUGUGAGGACUGUGGUGGUCCAUUGAGGUGUGGCACCCAAUGCAGUGCACUUGUGUCACAUUACAUUCGAGGGUAUGAUGUUUGCACAACCAUUGGAAGGGCAUCUGAAUCUCGCAUCUCUCUAAUAGAUGAAAGUAAUCCUCAAAAGGGUGUCAUUGUCAAGAUGUCCUCGUCAAAGUGCUCCAUUUCAGUUUUUAUCUUCUGUGAUUCAGCUGUAGUCCAACUACCAGAUAAAUUUAGCCACUCUGGAAAUUGUGAUUACGCUACAGUACUUAGACACCCCUCUGGUUGUGCAAGAUCAGUUUCUUCUUCUGGAAAUGGCUGGGGAUGGCUAAGAACUUCGUUCAUAACAAUGUUGUGCCUUUUUGGGGGGUAUAUUUUGAUCGGUGCAAUUUAUAGAUAUUAUUUCCUUGGGAUUCGUUCUAUAGAGGCCAUCCCAAACAUGGAGUUUUGGGUCAGCUUGCCACAAAAAGUUAAGAGUGUGUUUGUUCCUUCAACAAGAAAUCCAAGAAGUCGCAGCAGAGAUAGCAGAGGUCCUUAUGCCCCUGUAAACAAUUGAGAAGUAGAAAAAUCCAAGAACAUUAUUGGAAGUCAUACAGUUAAAAGCAUAUGUGUAGGGUGGAAGCUAAACCUUUGAUCUAUGUCAAUAUGUCAGGUCGAGGGAGAAGCUUCUUACAUGUCCCAAUAGUUGAUG